CUCUUCCAUAAGGUAGAAACUCUUCUAAUUAACUGCCUACAUAUAAAAACUCCUCCGCUACAACUGGAACGCGGGGGGCUUUAAGACCCAGCGGAGACACCAGAGUGCACAUCUGUCGCCUCGCUCUCUCCACAGUAUGAAGUGCGCCUGGGCUCCGGUGUGGAGACACUCGGGCAGCGGCAGGCAGGCGAGGCGGAGGCUGCAGGGCGCAGUGUGCGGAGCGACUGGGAGUGGAUGCGGGACGUCGAGCACACGAUCGAGGCUCAGGCUGGACCAUGACGGGAGAGUGGAGCCGGACGCACUGAGCCGCAGCGGGAAGACGAAGCGUGCGCGCCCUGCAGAAAUGAAGACACCUAUGCGCCAUGGGGUAACCGUGCUUCUCGUGCUUCUCCUGUGCGCCAGCUUGUUCCUCGUGUACAACGGCAGCUUCAGCAUCGCCUCCCGGGACGCCAACGACACGCGCGUCCGGCAGCAUGAGCAGCGGCGGCCCACCGAGGCCUCCGUCCGGGUGGCCAAGCCUCACCCGCCGGUCCUCCAGGGAUACAGUGGCAUCAUCGACCAUAAGCCUCUGAGGAUGCACUGCCAGACCUGCGCCCUGGUGACCAGCUCCGGCCACCUGGUCGGCGGCGGCAGGGGCGAGGAGAUCGACCGGGCCGAGUGCGUCAUCCGCAUGAACGACGCGCCGACCGCCAGGGGCUACGGCCGCGACGUCGGCCGCCGCACCUCCCUGCGCGUCAUCGCCCACUCCAGCAUGCAGCGGGUGCUGCGGAGCCGCCACGAGCUGCUCAACGCCAGCCAGGACGCCGUGUUCGUCUUCUGGGGCCCCAGCAGCUACAUGAGGCGCGACGGGAAGGGCCUGGUGUACAACAACCUGCGGCUGAUGAACCAGGUGCUGCCCAAGCUCAAGGUCUACAUCAUCUCCUGGCAGAAGAUGUUGCAGUUCGACGAGCUCUUCAAGAAGGAGACCGGCAAAGACAGGAGGAUAUCUAACUCCUGGCUGAGCACCGGCUGGUUCACUAUGACCAUCGCCCUGGAGCUGUGCGAUAGGAUCAAUGUCUACGGCAUGGUCGCCCCCGACUUCUGCAGGGAGCCUCAGCACCACUCGGUCCCCUACCACUACUACGAGCCCCGCGGGCCGGACGAGUGCGCCAUGUACAUCUCCCACGAGCGCGGCCGGCGCGGCAGCCACCACCGCUUCAUCACCGAGAAGCGGGUCUUUGCCAAGUGGGCGCGGACGUUUGACAUCCACUUCUACCAGCCGGACUGGAGCCCCCCGCCGCUCCCCGCCAACCGGACACUGAAGGGGGCGGCGGUCACGCCGGCGCCCGUGGCACCGCUGAAGACGUGACGUGGCGUUGGGCGUGGGGAGAAGAUGGCGUAGGGCACGGGCGUGGGGACUGGGCCCUUAACAGAAAGGGUGAAACGUGUAGGAAGUGGGGCAGGAAAGGUUAGUUGCCACAGAUGGAGACUUGAGUCUUGUUGAUCCCGCUGGACAUUUGUCGUGAACACGCCUCCGGCGCCGCCGCGGCAGCUCCUGCGGUGUGUCUUGUUUACUGCGGUUGAACCGGUUCAAAGUUGGACGUCCCUUUUGGAAAAAAAAACCCUGUGUAAACCGGGGGUUAUACAAGAAGGCAACAUCGUCACGCACUCUUCUCUCUCAAUGCAUGCAGCGUCUCACUGUGGAUCCACGCCGUCUUUGUCUGUGUGUGUGUGUGUGUGUGUGUGUGUGUGUGUGUGUGUGUGUGUGUGUGUGUGUGUGUGUGUGUGUGUGUGUGUGUGUUUACAGCAGCGCCAUCGCAGACGAUACAAGUUGAGUUUGAGCUCCCCACAAAGCCUUUAUUGGAUAACGGCUCUGUGCCAGGAUUCGCGGCUUACAGCUCGCUGAAAGGGGAAAAAAAAUACCCUUACAAUGCCCCUUAAUCCAACAAUGUGUUGCGGGAGACCGUGAGCGCUGCUGAAGAGUAAUAAUAGUGUAGCCCGGUUUAGAUUCUGACUCCUUUGAGCGUAUGAAUUAUUACCGUUCAGAUAGUCGUGUUCUUCUGCGUUUUUUUUUGUUGGUUUUUUUUCAAGGAUUUCGGAGGUCAAGUAGACGAGAUUUUCUUUCAGACUCCCCGCGUGGUGCGACGUGGCUCAGACCCCCUUUUUGAAGGAGACUUAUCAUAAAUCACUUUCCAUUCACGCCGCCUCUCGGACGGACGUGUGCAUUGCGAGCUCACCAAGGUGUCGCCCGAGUCAAACUUUUGCAAAGCGGCGUUCUCUGGCUGAAAGACGUGCGCGUGCGCGCGUGCGUGCGUGUGUGUGUGUGUGUGUGUGUGUGUGCGCGUGUGUGCGCCCCGACAUACAUACGCAUCAUGAGGCUUUGUCAGCUCCUGUCGUCAGUUAAUAAUGCGAUUUUUAUCGAUUUCUUUUAACUACAAUCUGCAUUUCCGUGUAAAUGCACAGCCAUGCCACACAAGACGGGUGGGAGAUAGAGAUCGAGGGCAGGGGGACGCAGUGUCCAUCCUACUUUAUUCCUCUGCUGUGAGCCUGGAUCACCUCGGGGGGAAUCACGCCGUUAGGAAGAACACUGGGAUUCAUUAUUGUGCUUUUUUGUGUGUGUGUGUGUGUGUGUGAUCUGCCACGCUCGCCUCUUUUUGUCUCCUCUCAUUGGAUGGAGCCGAUGCUACAUGUAGACCCGCGUCUCCCUGCUCUUUCUCCACGAAUAAGAACCGGGUGUCAGAGAGUGAGAGGUGUGGGUUAUCUCAAUACUACAGAGCACAUCCAGUACGUCCUGGUUCUGAGUCCCUAUUGAUGUUUGCCCUCAUCUCCGUAAUGACAGGUCGCAUAGAUCACUGUAGGUGUUUCACACCCAGUGGGAGCGUGUUUCAUAUCAGGAUUCCUCAGGGGGAGAUGAGGUCAUGCAUGACCUCACCUGCAGGUUGUGGUGCUACUGUGCAAAGACCAAGGUUUCGCAUUUCAGAGGUGUGUGAUGGUGUGUGUGUGUGUGUGUGUGUGUGUGUGUGUGUGUGUGUGUGUGUGUGUGUGUGUAACAUUUCGGAGUUGGAUGAAGACAUAGAUGCCUAAUUUUUGUGUCAGUACAGUAAAUGUGUAGCCAACAGGAAACCGCCUCCAGCCACGUGUUUACUGUACAGACAGAACAUUCUGAACAUCUGACGUUCAUCUGAUAGCUACCAAUCAAUUUUGUGUUCAACUAACCAACGAAAACCACGUCAGCGCAUGAUGUAAAUGUGUUUUUUUUUUUUUUUCACAUAAUGGAAAAUGUCAUUCCACUCAAUAAAAUACCUUUUAUCUGUA